UUUCCUCCAGAAUGCCCCUCUUCCAGUGGAAAGCCUAAUCACGCAGAUAUCCUGCUUGUAAACUUACAGUAUGUUUCAGAAGUGGAAAUAAUUAAUGACCGCACGGAAACCCCUCCUCCUUUAGCUUCACUCAAUGUUAGCAAGCUUGCCAACAAAGCACGGACGGAGAAGGAAGAGAAGCUGAGCCAGGCAUAUGCAAUUAGUGCUGGUGUCUCUCUGGAGGGACAGCAGCUCUUCCAGACUAUACAUAAGACCAUUAAAGACUGUAAAUGGCAGGAGAAGAACAUAGUUGUGAUGGAAGAAGUUGUUAUUGCCCCUCCAUAUCAAGUGGAAAACUGUAAAGGCAAAGAGGGAAGUGCGCUGAGUCACGUACGCAAAAUAGUAAGUAUGGAGAGGGGGCUGGAAAGCCAAAAGGUAAUGCAACGUUCACAAGCACAGCAAACACAGAAGGAAACCUCCCUGUCAUCCUGAGUCCCACCCUCCGAGCGCCGGGGACUCUGCCACCACCCAGCAGGAGACGUCGACUUCUUCAGCGGAGGCCGGGGCGGGAGGGCAGGGGUUCAGUUUUAUUUCCUUUCGGGCUCGUUAAUGGGGAGCUCACCGAUUCCAAACCUUAGACUUUAAAACAAACGAGAAAAGAGAAUAAUUUAAAAGCUCAUGCAUUACUUGACUAACAGACUUUCUUUUGUCCGCCAUGUUUUCUUUCCUAUGAGCCAGUCAGACUUUGUUAGUUUUAUUUUUUGACGUUUCUUUCCUUUCCUCUCCUCCUGCCGAGAAACCUUCCCCCUCCCUUUACUUUUCUAAAGGGGGGUUGUCACCCCGUCCCACCCUGUGUCCUCCUCUCUGCCUGUCUGUAACAUAGGAGACUCUCUCCCUCGCCCGUCCCUAUCCGCAGAAAACCCCUCUAAAAAUAAAAGUAACAAGCUGACUGAGGUAACUGAAUCGGGACCUUUGUGACCAGCAUGGUCUCGUUUUAAUUUUGUUUGCACAGGGCAAGGCUUGAAUUAGUCUUAUUUUUCUUAUCUUUAAAUAUAUAUAUGAAUAUAUAUUAAAAUGUUCUUUAAAUAUUUUCUGCUUUUAGCAGUCCUCUUGACCAGGAUCAUGGCAAAAAAACCCCACCCCGACCCAAAUAAACCCUCCGAUCCUAUCGGCCCUCGAGUCCGAGGUUUGGUUUGUUUUUUUUUUGUUUUUUUGGUUGUUUUCUUUUCUUUUU